GAAAAUAUAAGUGUUACAAGAAAGUUGAGGAACCCUUUUGAGUUGCCUUAUUAGCUUUUUUUACAUUGCUGAGAGAAGGAGAAUUUUGUGCUUACAAUUUGGUUGGUUAAUAUUAGUAUCUUUUUGUCCUGGGUUAUGCAUUCAUAGGCUAACUAGUAAUGAUAUUGCUGCAGAGCUUUGGAUGGCUUAGUUAAAAAACUGUCAAAAUCGAAGUUUCAGCAGAAGCGCUUGGUUGCAAAAUGGACAAAUUAGUGGAUAAUGCAGAUAGUGAAAGCUCAUCAGAUUGGGAAGUUGAGGAAGGAAGCACUUCAAAGCUGGGGGUCCUGGACUUGGACUUGUCAGCUGGGACCGCAUGCUCAAACCCUUCUCAGGGAAAUCAUGCGAGCUCAUCCGGGGGCAAUUUAAAAUCAUACUUUAUAGGGAUGGGAUUUUCACCAACUCUAAUUGACAAAGUGAUUGAGGAAAAUGGCGAUGACAAUAUGGAUUUACUGUUGGAGACUCUAUUUGCAAAAUCUGCACUUAAAAAAUCAAGUUCUGAAUCCUCAGAUUCUCUUGAUGCCUUGUUUAGUAGCUGCAGCGAUGGUGUUAGCUCUCCUGAAUGUGCUACCAAUAAUAAUGAUAUUGAGGAACUUAAUGUGUCAGCUGAGUUUAACGAAGCCAAAAGGGCAUCCUUAUUAAUGAUGAAUUUCUCUGUGGAUGAAGUUGAGUUCGCAAUUCAUAGGCUUGGUGAAGGUGCUCCUAUUAAUGAAUUAGUGGACUUCAUUGUUGCCGCUCAAAUCGCUGAGAGCUCUGGAAAGGAAAUUACUACAGAAGCUUUGUUUGGGACUAUGGAUAAGACACUUCGUUUGCUUGAAAUGGGUUUCUCUGAACAUGAAAUUUCUUCAGCUAUAGAGAGGUUUGGUUCAGAAGUUCCCAUUUGUGAGCUUGCUGACUCAAUAUUUGCAGAUCGACUUGCCAGCACCCGUGUUGAAGAUGACAAGGAAACAUCAGCCCCUCAUGGUAUGCAUUUUUCCCACACUGAAAGUGACUGGAGAUCUCUAGGUAGAGAACCGGAGUACAAUCAAUGGAGUGCUCAAAUAAAGAUUGAGGAAACUGACUGGAGUAAUCUAGGUAGAGAAACAGGACACAACAAACGCUUUCCUGAAAUUAAGACCGAGGAGACUGAAGUAUCAGAUUCUAAUGUUUUACCUCAUGCAAACGAAAUUAACAUUGAGACGAAUGGGAAAGGAAAAAAGCCAAAACUUGAAUGUGAAUAUGACUCGACUUUUUUCGAUGGCUCUCCGACGCCAGAAGCAAGAAUAGUGGAACCCAGAGUAGACAGUUUUCAGAUGCCGUUGCCAAAGGGAGGGCUCCAUCGAUCGUCAGAACCAUUAGAAAUGUUCAAGUCUAAACCUAAUCAGUGUUCGAGUGUUAAUCAAAUGUUAGCUAAACCCCCUUAUUUCUUCUAUGGAAAUGUCAUGGAUGUCUCACAUGAUUAUUGGACCAGAGUAUCGCAGUAUUUGCAUCUUAUUCAGCCCGAGUUUGUGAAUUCUCAGUUCUUCUCAGCCCUGAGUAGGAAGGAAGGCUACAUACACAAUCUUCCCAAUGACAAUAGACUUCACAUCCUGCCAAGGCCACCAAUGACAAUUGAAGAUGCAAUACCACAUACUAGGAAAUGGUGGCCUUCAUGGGACACUAGGAAACAGCUAAGCUGUAUUAGUUCUGAAACUGCUGGGAUUUCUCAGCUAUGUGACAGACUGGGAAAGAUCUUGGUUGAUUCACAAGGGAUGCUUUCAAUGGAACAGCAAAGAGACAUCCUUCAUCACUGCAAGACAUUGAAUCUAAUCUGGGUAGGCAAGUACAAACUCAGCCCCAUUGAACCUGACCAGGUUGAACGCAUAUUAGGUUACCCAUUCCAUCACACUGCUGACUGUGAUCCAAUUGAAAGACUUAGAUCACUCAAACAUUGCUUCCAGACGGACACACUUGGGUAUCAUAUCUCUGUUUUGAAGUGGAUUUUUCCUAAUGGUUUGACAAUGUUAUCUAUUUACAGUGGAAUUGGUGGGGCAGAAGUUGCUUUACAUAGGCUCGGUGUUCGUCUUAAAGGUGUUGUUUCAGUAGAAUCGUCAGCAACAAAUCGGAAAAUUCUAAAAAGGUGGUGGCAUAACACGGGCCAAACUGGGAAGCUGGUGCAGAUAGAAGACAUUCACCGAAUGACAACCAGCAAGCUUGAAAAUCUCAUCAAAGAAUUUGGUGGUUUUGACUUUGUAAUUUGUCAAAACCCGUGUUGCUACAUUUCUGGGAGUUCAAAAGUGGCCGCUGAUGGCGAUAAUCCAGCAGGACUAGACUUCCAAUUGUUUUAUGAAUUUGUUCGUGUUCUGCUACGUGUAAGGAGUUCAAUGGGAAGAAAUAGAUAAGAAGAAUAUUCUUUGGUCUCUCUCUCUCUCUCUCUCUCUCUCCAGAUGUACAGAAAUAUGCAUUUGCACAUACUCAAUUUUUAUGAUAACCAGGGUUUUUUUUUUUUUAAAAAUUAUACUGAUAACUGAUAAUUAAGGUGGUAAAAUAGUGAAUUAGUCAGCUGACUUGAUUCCAGGACCUAGUGCCGGAGCUGUGAAAAUUAGAGGAAGCAGGCCCUUCUCUACU